AUGAACUCCCGAUCCCUCCGCCGUCUCGCUGCCGACCACGCCUCCCUCCACACCUCGGGCCUCCCGCCCAACUACCUCUUCCCCCCCACCACCUCUCCCUCGGACCUACCCUCGGACCUCACCAGCCUCGACGUCCUCCUCGCCGGCCCCCAAGGCACCCCUUACUCCUCAGGCCUCUUCAAACUGCACCUCGACAUCCCGCCGACCUACCCCGCGUCCCCCCCCACCGCGCACUUCCGCACCCGCAUCUGGCACCCCAACAUCGACGAGCACUCGGGCGCCGUGUGCGUCGAGACGCUCAAGCGCGACUGGAGCUCCUCGCUGCGCCUGCGCGAUGUCUUAGUAACUAUUAGUUGUCUUUUGAUCCAGCCGAAUCCCGCCAGCGCGCUGAACGAGGAUGCGGGCAGGUUGGCCGUCGAGGAUUGGGAGGGGUUUUGUAGGAGGGCGCGGUUGAUGUGUGGGGUUCAUGCUGGGGUUCCGGAGGGGAUGGCCGAGGCGGUUAGGGAGGCGCAGAGGAGGGGGGAGGAGGAGGAGGAGGAGAAGAAAAAAGAGGAUGAGGAUGAGGAGGAAAAGAGGGGAGAGACUGAAAAAGAGAAGGCGGACCAGGAGGAGAAGAGGAAGAGCGAUGGCAUGUUAAGAUCCAGCAAGGGCAAGGAGAAAGCCGUCGUCCCCACCGAGGACGAGGAGAACGAUACACGAACGCUAUUCACCCGUGAUACCGUCGCCGACGCGGAGAGUGACCCCGAAGGCGAUUGGAUUCCUGGGCCCCCGGCACAUAUGCCUGCCGUCACGCCUAGCGUGUCCGGGCCCCUGAGGACAACGGCAAAGGAGAACGUCUUGGGUAUCAAGGGGCUUGAGGGACUUCAGAAGGACGACGGCGACGGCGACGGCGACGCCAUGGCCGUCGACGGACCUCCACUUGCAGGCCCAAAGAGUGCCGAGUUGUCGUCUACCGUGGGAUCAUUCGGCAAACAUUCGUUCAGCUUGAGAGUGCCAUCUACAACGGAUUUGAAUGGCGCAGCUGUCGAAGGACUUCUUUCCUCGAGCUCCAUCUCCCCUCUCGCCCGCAACAAGAACAACAGCACCAAGACCACCGCCACUCAGCCUUCCCCCGGCCUCACCCUCACCACUCAAGAUCCCCACACUGCGCACCCACUCCUCACGGAAUUCUCAUGGACUUGGCAAGAUGCGCAGAUUCUGUACUCCUCUUCUCCCUCUUCCUCUCCCGCCACCUCGGCCGCAGUCAAGAAACGCCACGCGACGCCCGACUUCGCCGCGCGCGCCGCGUGGGAGGUGAGCCGGUUGCGGCGCACGGGUGGGGACCUGCGGAGGUACAAUCGCGGGGAUUGGGGGCCUAGGGUGGGGGUUGGGCGGCUGUAG